AUGAAAAAAGAGGCCAUCCAAUGGAUUAUGGGUCCAGGUAAAGGGAUUCCUUCGCGUGCCGAGAAGCAUUUUGGAGCGCUGAAUUGGGACGUCAGUGCGUCUUCGUUCCGCAAGUGGUGGAAGAACCGCGACAAGAUCUUGGGCGACUCUGGAGGCAAGAAGCGAAUCCGUGGAGGAGGCAGGAAGCCGUACCUGGAAGACUCGGAGGAGAAGCUUUUGGUGGUGGUGAUCCAGGAACGAGCCAAAAAAGACCGCGUGACGCGGAAAUGGAUCGCCAAGACGGCGCAGCACAUGUUCCAGCGGUCUGACUCGACGUUCAAGGCCUCGGAGAACUGGGUCACCAAGUUUAUUCGACGGAAUGGGACUCACACUCAAGCGCAGUUACGUUACUUAUGA